GCAACAUAUGGAAAGGAUUUUUUAGAGGAUUCUUGACACUGAGCUUAGUGAAGUGGGAUUACUUUCUGCAAUAUUCAGAUUUUCUUCACACAGCAUCUUGCAACAUGCCUGGCAGACGAGUACGACAGUACAUCCUCGCCUCGAUGGUUUUUCUCUUGGUCUGCACCUUUCUCAAAUUUCAAGACUUUACCAUUCCCACAUCGCUUUCUUCCAGUCAACAAUUUAAUGAAUUUUCAUUCUUAAAUCGAUCAUUCAAUGAUUUUCUCCCAGUACAAGAUGCAGAAUUUCUUUGUACUGUGAAUGGCCUACAACUAUACCAAAACCGCUCACAUCCACGCAAGAUAUACGACCUCAUUCUCAUCAGCACGGAGCUAGAUUGGCUUGAAAUUCGCAUGAACGAGCUGAACAGCCAGGUCGAUUACUUUGUCGUUGUUGAGGCUACAGAAACCUUUACCGGCAAUCCAAAACCCCUCAUCUUCAAGGAAAACUAUUCCAGAUUCGCCCAAUUCGCAGACAAGAUUGUGUACCAUGCACUCGAUCUAUCACAUCUGAGAGGGAAAAGUACUUGGGAACGGGAGGCCUACAGUCGCAAUGCCCUCUUUACAUCGAUCUUUCCGUCGAUGUUUCCUCCCGUUGCCCCCAGUAUGUACGAUGUAAUUCUUGUUUCCGAUACUGAUGAAAUCCCUCGACCCGAAACCCUGACAGUGCUGCGAAACUGUGAGUUCCCCGACCGAGUCACUCUGCGCAGCAGGUUCUUCUAUUAUUCCUUCCAAUGGCAACAUGUUGGAAACGACUGGCAUCAUCCCCAAGCCACAUUCUACGCGGGCUUGAAUAAGACAAUCCUCCCCGAGGAUUUGCGCAUGCACGGCGGGAAAGAUAUUUGGAAUGCGAGCUGGCAUUGCAGCUCAUGCUUCUCUACUGUUGCUGAGAUGGCGAAGAAGAUUGAAAGCUUCUCGCAUACAGAAUACAACAAACCACAGUUUCGCGAUCCACAGGAGAUUGUGAGGAGGGUGAGGAACGGGCUUGAUUUAUUUGACAGGGAAAGUGAGAAAUAUGAAAAGGUGCCUGCAAGUGACGUGCCGGGCUACCUCAAGUUGAAUAAAGACCGAUUUCCUUUCCUUCUGGACAGAGACCCGGAAGACGGAAACUUCGAGGACUAUCAUCCUUAAUUUAAUGGACGGCAAAUAUUAUCUAUUCUCACUGAUUCCUUUAAUGUAUAAAUAAAGCUAUAUAUAUACAUCUUUCUCUCAGAAUAUCUUACUAAAGUGGAAUUGUGGAGAUUUAGC